AUGGAUCUGGAGUCUGUGAUCUAUAAAAACUCAAUUAAGGAUGGAUCAUGGAAGACAGUGUUAACAUUGGCUUACCAGAGCUUGGGUGUUGUGUAUGGCGAUUUAAGCACAUCACCACUUUAUGUUUACAAAAGCACUUUUGCUGAGGACAUUCAGCAUUCAGAGACCAAUGAAGAGAUAUAUGGGGUGUUAUCUUUUGUCUUCUGGACUCUCACACUGGUUCCACUUCUCAAGUAUGUCUUCAUUGUGCUCAGAGCAGAUGACAAUGGAGAAGGAGGGACUUUUGCUCUGUACUCUCUGCUAUGCAGGCAUGCUCAGGUGGGGUUGUUGCCGAAUGUUCAGCUUGCAGAUGAGGAGCUAACUGAGUACACCAAGGAUGGAACAGUGCCAAUUGAUAAGAAGAAAGUUGGGUUGGGGUUGAAAUCGGUGUUGGAGAAACACAAGGUGCUGCAGAGGGUGCUGCUUGUUCUGGCUUUAAUAGGGGCUUGCAUGGUUAUUGGGGAUGGUGUGCUUACACCUGCUAUUUCUGGUACUGGGAUUUGCAUUCUUAUCUGCGUUUUGGUCAUGACCAAGGUUUUAAACUGCGGUCCUGGUUUCUUCGCAAUCUUUCAUAUUGCGGGAAAUUGUGGACAAUGCAACCCGCAAUCGGUUUUCUCUGCCGUGUCAGGUUUGGAGCUUUCUAUGUCUAAAGAACAGCAUAGAUAUGUUGAAGUCCCUGUUGCUUGUGUGAUACUGAUAUUUUUGUUUGCGCUUCAACAUUAUGGAACACAUCGCUUGGGGUUUCUAUUUGCUCCUGUUGUGAUGACCUGGCUCCUAUGCAUCAGUUGUAUCGGAAUGUAUAAUAUCUUACAUUGGAACCCUCAUGUCUAUGAGGCUCUCUCUCCAUACUACAUGUUCAAAUUUCUGAAGAAGACUCAAAGGGGAGGUUGGAUGUCCUUAGGGGGCAUUCUACUGUGUAUAACAGGUUCUGAAGCUAUGUUUGCUGAUCUAGGACACUUUUCCCAGUUGUCAAUUAAGAUUGCUUUUACCUUUUUGGUGUACCCUUCUCUAAUCCUGGCAUAUAUGGGACAAGCUGCAUAUCUAUCCAAGCACCAUAUUAUUGAAAGUGAUUACCGAAUUGGGUUCUACGUAUCUGUACCUGAGAAAAUUAGAUGGCCUGUUCUUGCAAUAGCCAUACUUCAAGCCGUGGUUGGAAGUCAAGCUAUCAUCACAGGUACUUUCUCAAUAAUCAAACAAUGUUCUGCCAUGGGAUGCUUCCCCAAAGUCAAGAUCAUUCAUACAUCAUCAAAGGUACACGGCCAGAUUUAUAUCCCAGAGAUCAACUGGUGUUUGAUGCUACUUUGCCUGGCUAUUACUGUUGGAUUCAGAGAUACAAAACGCAUGGGAAAUGCAGCAGGUUUGGCUGUCAUAACUGUCAUGCUGGUCACCACUUGCUUAAUGUCUCUAGUUAUAGUGUUAUGCUGGCAUAAGAGUGUUUUCCUAGCCAUUUGCUUCAUAUUCUUCUUUGGGUCCAUUGAAGCACUAUACUUCUCUGCAUCCCUGAUCAAGUUCCUUGAAGGGGCUUGGGUGCCCAUUGCCCUCUCGCUCAUAUUUCUUAUUGUCAUGUAUGUGUGGCACUAUGGCACACUUAAAAAGUAUGAGUUUGAUGUUCAAAAUAAGGUGUCCAUCAACUGGCUCCUUGGUUUAGGCCCCACUCUAGGAAUUGUGCGGGUCAGGGGAAUUGGCCUAAUACACACUGAGCUUGUGUCUGGGAUCCCAGCUAUUUUCUCUCACUUUGUUACCAAUCUCCCAGCUUUUCAUCAGGUUGUGAUCUUCCUUUGUGUCAAAUCUGUCCCGGUGCCACAUGUCAGACCUGGGGAAAGGUUCUUAGUUGGUAGAGUUGGCCCAAAGGAAUAUAGGUUGUAUAGGUGCAUAGCGCGGUAUGGCUAUCGUGAUUUUCACAAGGAUGACAUUGAGUUUGAGAAAGAUCUUAUUUGUAGCGUAGCAGAAUUCAUACGGUCGGAGACCUCUGAAUCCGGCAUAGGAUUUGAGAGUUUUGAAGAUGACAGAAAGAUGACAGUUGUUGGCACCUCAGCAUCAAACUCAGAAGGUAUAAGGAUGUGUGAAGAUGAUCAAGACAACAAUAAUUUUCAAGUAGAAGACACCUUAGAAUUGAGGGUGGUUAAGUCUCCUGAAAUAGUGAGGAAGCGAGUGAGGUUUGUUGUGCCAGACAGUCCACGGAUUGAUUUGGGUGCAAGGGAGGAGUUGCAGGAACUAAUGCAAGCAAGGGAGGGAGGAAUGGCAUUCAUAAUGGGUCACUCAUAUGUGAAAGCAAAGAGAGGAUCAAGCUGGAUAAAGAAAGUUGUGAUCAAUUAUGGAUAUGAUUUCUUGAGGAGAAACUCUAGAGGACCAACUUAUGCUCUAAGUAUCCCUCAUGCAUCCAUCCUUGAAGUUGGCAUGGUCUAUCAUGUCUGA